AUGAAACCUGCCUCAGGUCCGGCUGAGAGGAGGAGUUUACCUGUGGUAAGUUUUGCUGCUAUUGAGGAAUUCCUGAAGGAUCCAUCACUUCUACAAGGGUCGAUGGAGAAGAAAUAUCCAGCUAUUGCAGGAAGAGAAAAAGUAAAGGAGUGUGCAGAGACCCUAGAGUUCACCUGUGUGUCCCCCGCCCCUCUGUGUUCAGGGCCAGGUCCUGGUCGCUACGGGCUUCCUCCAACCAUCGGAUUUGUUGGCCAUGACUUCACCAAAGCAACCAGCCCUGCCUACUCUUUCCAUGGCAAGAUGAGCGACAACAUGUACUGUGUUGACUCCAGUCCGGGCCCUCGUUACCAUGUUGAUUCAAAAAUCACUCGCUUUGGUAAAGAUGGCACGCCCUCGUUCUCCAUGUUGGGCAGAACCAAAGAACAGAGUAAGUUUCCACCCCUGCAUUUUGAAAAAUAUAUUUCUUUUCAGUGCACAUUUUCCUUAGAACAUGAGCUCUUGAGAACACCAGGACCGGGGGCCUAUAGUCCUGAGAAAGCCGCGCCAUGCAACGUCCAGCGCAGACCCCCGUCCUACACGAUGGGCUCACGCACACUCUACCGCAGCGUCGACUCAGUACCUGCCCCCAACAAGUAUGUCCUCCCUCCACUUAUGGGCCCUCAAGUCCCAAACAAGCCAGCCAGUGCAAGCUACACACUGUUGGGUACUUACAGCACAGGAGGGCCAUCUGUGGAUUUAGCCAAGACGCCCGGGCCUUGCAGGUACAACAGCACGGACCCAGGUGUGUAUUUACACCGACAGCCUGCGUAUUCCAUGCUGGGACGACACAGUUUCCCCAGAGACGCCACCAAGAAGCCGGGUCCUGGGACUUACAACCCGGAGAAAGUGACGGUUCACAAGGCCCGGGCGCCAGCCUUCUCUCUGGGCAUCAGACACUCAGAAUUUGUCACCCCACUGGUUCUUCACAUUUCUGACUGA